UUUUGACAUCUCUGCCACAUCCGGUUCCGUCUGUCUUUUUCUUUGAGCAACGUGACGCGAAAAGUUAUUUUUCCACCAAAAUGGGCAAAGUAAAGUGCUCAGAAUUGCGGACGAAGGAGAAAAAGGACCUUCUGAAGCAGCUCGAUGAACUCAAGACGGAAUUACUCAACUUGAGGGUCGCGAAAGUGACCGGAGGUGCCCCAUCGAAGCUCUCCAAAAUCCGUGUCGUCCGGAAGGCAAUCGCCAGGGUGCACAUUGUUAUGCACCAGAAGACAAAGGAGAACUUGAGGAAAGUGUACAAAGGCAAGAAGUACAAGCCCCUGGAUCUGAGACCCAAGAAAACACGCGCCAUCCGCCGGGCCCUGAGUGAGCGCGAUGCCAACAGGAAGACCCUCAAGGAGAUCCGGAAGAAUGCAAAGUACCCACAGCGUAAGUACGCCCUGAAGGCGUAAAUGCCCACAAUACACUGUGAACCUUUUGAAACACAUUAAAAUUGCGAUUCUACCGAAA